AUGGCUCCCAUGUCCUUCCGCUCCCUUGCCCUUGUUGCGCUUUCUACGCUCGUUUUUGCCCAGGCGUCGGAUGUAGAGUCGAGCGCAGCCUCAGGCCAGCGCGCGAACGCCCUCGCAGCGUGUGCAGCGCUCAACAAGUCGCUGGGCUCGACCCUUGUCCAAACCUCCAGCGGCCCUGAAUACGACUUUUCCGUCCAUAACGCAUGGAACUUCCAAAACACCCUCUUUAACCCGACCUGCAUCGUUUUCCCCCGUCAGACCUCCCAUGUCCAAACCGCAAUGAAGGCGAUUUUCAAGGCAAAGGCGCACUAUGCUGUACAGGCGGGGUCGCAUAGCGCGAUGAAGGGCUGGAACAACGUGCAGGACGGUGUGCUGAUUCUAUUUUCGCACAUGCAGAGUGUCGUCUACGACAAGCCAUCGCAUUCCGUGACAUUCGAGCCUGGGAUCCACUGGGGCAAUGCUACAUCCCAGCUGUCACAGUAUGGUGUUGCUGUUGUCGGAGGACGCGUCGGUGAUGUCGGGACGGGGCUGCUUUUGGGCGGCGGUAUCUCUUUCUUGAGCCCCUCACAAGGUUUCGCUGCGGAUAACUUCCUCUCCCUCGAUGUCGUGCUGGUGGACGGGACGGUCGUGACCGCGACGGCGACCAACAGGUACUCGGACUUGUUCACGGCGCUCAAGGGCGGUGCUAACCGCUUCGGCAUCGUCACGAAGUACACCGUUCGCGCUGUCGAUGUUGGCACUCCGGAUGACACGCCCUUCUAUGGUGGACAUAUUUUGUACAAUUCCUCCUAUGCCGCUGCGUUGUCCAAGGCGACAGCAAAGUAUACUCGCGAAACGACCGACCCCAAGGCUGCCCUCCUCUUUACCAUCACCACGACCCUGAUUGACGGCGUCGCCGAGCAAGUCUGCGUGCUCUUUCUCUUCUACCGCGGCUCCUCCCUCCCUCAAUCGAUCUACGGCGACUUCCUCGCGAUCCCCGCCGUCGACACAGUACUUUCUCCCCUCAGUUGGACGCAAAUCCUCCCUGCGCGUGACCCACCCAACUUCGUCUCCUCCAACCGCGGCUUCGUUCAGCAUUUCAGCGCUUCUGCUGUCGUACCUGAAGACCGCCUCGUCCUCUCCGCGCUGAACCACUUCCAGAACUUCAGCAGUGCAUUCCUGCACAAUGGCACGACGUCGGGGAUGAACACCACCUCGUUCAUCUUGACGCCGAUACUGGCGUCGCAGAUCGCGGCGGGCAAAGCCAAGGGCGGGAACUCGAUGAUCGCACCGGGCCUCAAGGGGCCGUACCUCAAUGUCCAGCGCAGCGAGCAGUUCGAUGCCGGGGUACCCGACAUCCCGGCGUUCGUCCAGGACGGAAUGAAUCUCUACAUCAAGCAAGUCCCGCGGUCGCCUGGCCUCCCUCUGUUCAUGAACGAAUGCGACCAAGGUCAAAACGUCUAUGAAACAUACGGAAACUUCGACGCGCUCAAGGCGACGUACAAAAAAUACGAUCCGACGAGGUUCAACAUGCAGUACACCCAGGGACCUAUGGGCCUGUGA